AUUAUUGAGGAGAAUGGACUGCGUCUGACCUGAGAGAAAGCUGUGUGAGCUGAGACAGUUGUCAUACCUUGGUUUCAAAAUUUCUUCCUAUUCUGCGCUCUCAUUAAAAUAUGAAACCACAUAAAUUUUACUUAUUUCUUGUCACUGUGAUCUUUUCUCUGCUUGGGUACUUUAUCAUGCCUCUUCUACUUGUCUCCUUAAGUUCUUCCCCUUCCCCAUUUUCAGGGAAGAAUGUCCACGUGCUCAUCGUCAGCUCUUGGCGCUCUGGUUCUUCGUUCCUCGGAAGCAUCUUCAACAAUCACCCAGACGUAUUCUACAUGUUUGAGCCAGGACACCCUGUCUGGAUGAAACUGUUAAAUGAGACUGCUGAACUUCUCCAUUACCCUCUCAGAGAUCUCCUACGUUCUUUAUUCACUUGUGAUGUUUCUCCUCUCCAUUCCUACCUUCCUCGGGGUGGAAAGAAAAUGUCUGAUUUCCACUACUUUGCUGAGAGCCGAGCACUCUGUAUGCCUCCAGCUUGCCAGUCCUCUAAUAUGACAAAAACAUACAACCGUCUUAAUUGUUCUCUUGUAUGUGGAGAGAACCCCUUGAAAAACAUUGAGAACGUUUGCAGAAGUCAUAAGCACAUGGCAAUGAAGACAGUUCGCAUCCUUGACCUUAAGGUUCUUAUUCCACUCCUCCAAGACUCUAAACUUGACCUUAGAAUUGUGCAUCUAGUACGAGAUCCACGAGCUGUGGUUUCAUCGAGGCAGUACUUCACUCUUAUUGAUGAUGACAGGAUUGUGUAUAGAGAUGGAAUUUCAGAUCAAGGGGAAAACAAAAACAAGACUCCAAAUGCUACUGAAGUAAUGGCCAAGAUCUGCAGGUCACAGGUCUCAAUGUAUAAAGAGGGCAGAGAUUCCACAAAUUUUCCAUUGGGUCGUUACAUGUUAGUUCGACUAGAAGAUUUGGCAUGGGAUCCCUUGUCUAAUGUUGAUAAAAUGUUCUCCUUUGUUGGCUUGACUAUGACACCAGAGAUAAGACAUUGGGUGCAUAAUAUAACACACCAUGAAAUAGCUAGCGAACCAGGGGGAUUUAUGUCAUAUUCAAAAGAGGCCAAAAAUGUCACAGAAAAUUGGCGAAAGAGGUUGGACUUCAGAAUAGUAAAACAAAUCCAAUCAGUCUGCCGGGAGGCAAUGGACAUGUUUGGGUACUUACCUGUAGAGUCAGAGGCUGAUCUAAAAAAAUACUUGGAUAUAGUAUCAGUGAGAAAGAGGAAGAAACCAUACAGAUAAAAGUGUAACUGACAAAACACAUAAAACAGGUUAUUGUUAACAUAUUCACACCUUUUUUCUGUUCUGUUGAUUAUCUAUUUAAUUGUCCACUUUUCCUCUGCCCUCUGAAGUUUUAAGUGGAUCUGUCACUUGUGAGUUUUUCAUACGGAUAAAAUCUUCACUAAGCUUCCUAUG